UUUUAGGAUAAAUCUAGCACCCGAGCAGAAAAAUUAUACUCACUUGGCUUUUAGUUGUUACUACAAACGCAGUUGAGAAUAAUACCCCUCCCUCACAUUGAGUUUAUCGUGAUUUAUUUAUUUGGAAAACCGUUAUGCAUCUGACCAGUAACAGUCUAGAUUUGCGAUGGAGAACGCGACCCCUGUCUGUUCAGCAACAACACCAAAAUAAAUUCAGCCUGGCCCUCGGUUGCAGCUUAAUAACCAAUUGAAAGUCAGCACCAUGAAGGAACUCAUAAAAUAUGAGGUGCUGGUGAGAUCAACCUAAAACGAAGAUCGAAUGCAAGCUACUACAGAGGCGAAAGCAAAAAAAUGGAGAGGAUAAUGCUGCAACUAAUGUUUGUAGGAUUUGUUUUUGUGGGCAAGGUGAAUAAUCAGCAAUGCCAAACCCUGUGCAAAUGCCCAAAGGAGCCACCACAGUGUCCCCUUGGGGUUCCCCUGGUACUGGAUGGGUGUGGAUGUUGCAGAGACUGUGCCAAACAGCUGGGAGAAGUAUGUUCUGAGAAGGAGCCCUGUGAUGAAACAAAAGGUCUGCACUGCAAAUACACUAUGAACCCUGGGAUCAUGUGGGGCACCUGUGUGGUGCAAAAAGGAGACAGCUGUAUCUAUGAAGGUGCUGUCUAUCAGAGUGGUGAAACAUUUCAGCCUAACUGCAGGUUUCAGUGCACAUGCAGAGACAGUGAGAUCAAUUGCAUUCAUCGCUGUAAUGUGGAUGUGCUUCUUCCUGGGCCUUCCUGCCCUUUUCCUAGAAAAGUCCAAGUUCCUGGAGAAUGCUGUGAAAAAUGGAUCUGUGGCUCUAAAGAAGAAACCACCUUGGGAGGAUUUGCAAUGGCAGCCUACAGAGAAGAGGCAACGCUGGGAAUUGAUGCAUCUGAGGAUGGACUCAACUGCAUUGAGCAGACGACGGAAUGGAGUGCAUGCUCUAAAGACUGUGGAGUCGGUAUUUCCAGCCGUGUCACAAACAAGAACCGCCACUGCGAACUGGUGAGACAAACACGCAUUUGCAUGGUGCGACCUUGUGAAAAUCAGAAACCACCCCAUAAGUUUCAUGGAAGUUGCAGCAGAACAAAAAGAACUGUAGCAUCAACACACUUUGAAUAUAAUAACUGCACCAGCAUUCAGAGUUUCAGACCUAAAUUCUGUGGUGUAUGCACUGAUGGAAUUUGUUGUACUCCACACAGCACAAGAACUCUCCAAGUUAAAUUCCAAUGUCCCCAGGGCAAAAUUAUCCAAAAGCCAGUAAUGUUCAUCAACAGCUGUGUUUGUCACAAGAACUGUCCUCGGGAUGAUUCUUUGUUUACCAAUGCAAACAACGCUCUUAAUGGUACUGCAGUUUGAAUGACUGAACUAUAUAAUCUAUUUUUGUCUUUAAGAAUUGGAACACAUCACCGUGUUGCUUUUUAACAAACUAUGCACACCAUCUUUUCAUUAACGACACUGCUCUUGCUGUAACACACAGAUAUAAAUCUUAAAGAAGACAAAACAGAAUGUUGUCAUUGUUUUGGAAUUCUAGAGGACUACAAUCUAACCAAUGCCAAGAGCAAAAACAGAAUGCAGGAGUAUUUUCUUUUGUGGUAUAAGGACAUUUUUUUUUUAAUUUAAUCAGAAUAUUAUUUUUACUAGAUAGAAGACCACGCUACUGCUGCAAGCCCUUGAAUUGCUUCAUCAUUGUUAUACAAAUAAAUUAAAAAGAAUAUUAAUGAUGUA